UUAGUGUUGUUUUCAACUCUUCUUUUUAUAAAGUAGAUUAUCUUGCGCAUUAUUAAAAUUAGGAUGCGGUAAACCGCCCUACUUCCUCUUUCCCAACAACGUGAAACGGCAACCAUGAGUACAUUGAGGUUGCAGAAACGGCUUGCCUCUGCCGUGUUGAAAUGUGGCAAAAACAAAGUCUGGCUGGAUCCUAAUGAAACAAAUGAAAUUGCCAAUGCUAACUCCAGACAGAACAUCCGCAAACUUAUCAAGGAUGGUCUCAUCAUCAGAAAGCCAGUGGCAGUUCACUCCAGAGCACGUGUUCGUAAAAACAUGAUUGCCCGCAGGAAGGGACGUCACAUGGGUCAUGGUAAGAGGAAGGGUACAGCAAAUGCUCGUAUGCCACAGAAAAUUAUUUGGAUGAGACGUAUGAGGGUACUCCGUCGUCUGCUCAAACGUUACAGGGAGGCCAAGAAGAUUGACAAACAUCUGUACCAUGAACUUUACCUGAAAUCAAAAGGUAACGGUUUCAAGAACAAGCGUGUGUUGAUGGAACACAUUCACAAGAGGAAGGCCGAGAAGAGCAGAUCUAAGAUGUUGAGUGACCUAGCCCAGACAAAGAGAGACAAGGUCAAGGAAGCACGCAAACGCCGCGAAGAAAGGAUCGCCCAGAAACGCGCAGACCUCAUCAAAUCAUUCGCUGAUGAUGACGCCAAGAAAUAAAUUAUUUGUUUUAUUGUAACAUACAUCAUGUUAUUAAAGCGGACCCAGAAAGAAAAAAAGAAA